AUGGCACUCUCAAACGAAGCGAUCGUUGGGCUGUCGGCGCUCCUCGUCGGUUCCAUCCCCGUCGCCCUGCUCAUCAUUCAAUGCCUGCGGAAACGAAACCAGCGACUUUCCGAAGAUCAGCAUCUCGUAGGUGAUCGGCGCCUGCUUUUGUCUCAUGUGUGGCGGCCCAGUCCUAUCAUCGCCGACGACCUUGAAGCAGGAGUUGCGCUCCACAUGCUCGCAGUAAGGCCCUUUCUCCCUCAGUACGGAGGAACGGCGGACUGA